AUGGAAGAUCAGGGACAGAAUGAUGAGCUGUAUCCUAUUGCGGUGCUGAUCGAUGAGCUCAAGCACGACGAUGUCCUCUUACGACUGAAUGCCAUCCGCCGGCUGUCCACCAUUGCACUCGCACUAGGUCCCGAACGGACUCGGGAUGAGCUCAUACCCUUUCUCGAUGAGUCAGUGGAAGACGAGGACGAGGUGCUGACUGCUCUCGGAGAUGAACUGGGCAAUUUCGUCGAAUACGUCGGAGGUCCAGAGCACGGGCACGUGCUCCUGUCGCCCCUUGAGAAUUUGGCCGGUAUUGAAGAGCCGCUCGUUCGCGACAAGGCUGUUGAAUCUUUGAACAAAAUUUGCGAGCAAUUGUCACAACAACAGGUCGAGACAUAUUUUAUUCCUCUCACCAUUCGUCUCUCGAAAGCCGAUUGGUUCACAUCAAAGAUCUCUGCCACCGGCUUAUACAACACGCCAUACAAACAAGCCACCCCACAAUCGCAAGAAGGUCUGCGACGACAGUUCGAGCUCUUGGUCAAAGAUGACACUCCUAUGGUGCGGAGACAAGCCGCCAACAAUCUGGCCAAAUUCGUCAAAAGCAUGCCUGCCGCGAUCGUCGUCGAUGACAUGAUGAGCAUGUUCCAAUCUUUAGCACACGAUGACCAGGACAGUGUCCGCCUCUUGACUGUCGAGAUUCUUAUCGCCAUUGCCGAGGCAGUUCCCAAAGAACAACAAACUCAGAGCGGCGUCCUCCUUACCACUCUGCGAGAGCUCAUCACGGACAAAAGCUGGCGAGUACGAUACAUGGCAGCGGACCGCUUCGAAAAGAUUGCCAAAGCUGUGGAUGACGAAGUAAUUGCAAGGGACCUAGUACCAAAUUUCGUUGCUCUGCUCAAGGACGGCGAGGCCGAAGUUCGAAGCGCUAUUGCUGGUCAAAUUCCUGGCUUCUGCCAGCUCAUCGAUCGACAAGUUUUGUUGCGCGAUAUUUUGCCUGCGAUCGAAGAUUUAUGCUCCGACAGCUCGCAGCAUGUACGCGCAGCAUUCGGCAACCAAAUCAGUGGACUUGCUCCCAUUCUCGGCAAAGCAGAGACCACUGAGCACCUACUACCCAUGCUAUUGCAGAUGUUGAAGGACGACUUCCCGGACGUUCGUCUCAACAUCAUCUCCAAGCUUGAGCAGGUCAACACAGUCAUCGGUAUCGAGCUGCUCUCGCAGUCACUUCUACCGGCUAUCGUCGAGCUAGCCUCAGACAAACAAUGGCGUGUCCGCCUCGCCAUCAUCCAAUACGUGCCUCUGCUCGCUUCGCAGCUCGGUGUACAAUUCUUCGACGAGAAGCUUGCCAGCCUGUGUAUGGCUUGGCUCGGCGACACUGUCUUCUCGAUCCGUGAAGCCUCAACACUGAAUCUCAAAAAGUUGACUGAGGUCUUUGGCGUAGACUGGGCAUCUGAGGCGAUCGUGCCUAAAGUCGCCGCAAUGGCGGAGCACCCCAAUUACUUAUACCGCAUGACCACAUGCUUUGCUGUCUCGAUACUUUCACCGGCGCUGUCGCUUCCCGUUCUCGCUAAGGCGGUCCUCCCCAUCCUACACCAACUCGUUUCCGACCCCAUUCCCAACAUCCGCUUCAACGUCGCCAAAUCGUACGGCGUCCUCAUUGAUAUCUUCAAACGUCUGCCUGCCGAUCAACCAGGUCUGACCCUCGUCGAAUUAGAAAAGCAACAAGCCGCUGCUGGUGAUAGCACUGCAGCAAGUCAGCCAUCAGAGCAAGGCGCUCGUCUCAUCCGUGAGGAGGUUCUCCCUCCGCUAGAAAAGUUAAUGCAGGAUGAUGAUGUCGAUGUUCGAUACUUUGCUACCGUGGCAGCAAAGAGCUGGAGUGAUGAGGCUGGUCGUGGAGCAGGGUCGGAUGAGAUGGAGACCUAA